AGAAUUUAUUGAUUGUUCCGUUUAGUGACGACGUGAAGCGUCCUUAGCGUCAACCAUGCAGCCCUUCUCGAACGACUACGGUGGAGGGUACGGUGGCAACGGCUACGACCAGCAGCAACCCCAGCAAGAAAUUCCGAUGCGUCCGCAGGGUGUCGCACGGCCGAUGGUUGACCCGGAGGCCACGGGUGAAGUAGACCCUACACUAUACCCUCAGGCGAAGGAAUCGACACACAAGAUCCGGGGCAAGUCGGACAUACUCGAAAUGUUGUUCGGUUCCGUCGACCAGGAGCUGCUGCCUGUGAAGACGUUCUACUUUUUCUUCUACUCCGCUUUCGGCUCACUAUUUCCACUGAUGGGUGUGUACUUUAAGCAGAUGGGCAUGAAUCCGGGCCAAUGUGGUUUGCUGAUUGGUACGCGGCCGUUUGUCGAGUUCCUAUCAGCACCGUUCUGGGGUAGUUAUGCUGAUCGUUGUAAAAAAGGUAAAAUGCUUCUGUUGGCCUCACUUGCGGCAUGGAUUAUCUUUACCUUACCGCUCGGCUUUAUUCAACCACCGGCCACGAGCUGUAUCGAGCGGAAGAAUGCUACCGAUUUCGAGCUCCGAACACCUCAAGUACCUCGUAUUCUGAAACGCUCCAUCGACGAGAGCAUGCUGGAAGAGAUCAGCUUUGGUAAAUAUGUGACGGAUAGCGACAGUUCCUUCACCAGGGUGGAACGUGCCGCACGCCCAGUUGCUGCUGCGGGAGUAUCUCCUCUAGAUGUAAGCUAUGCCAACAAUUUCAACGAGAAGCUGCAUCGCGAUUGGGUCUCGCCGUUGUUCUCUUCGAUCGUUUAUCGUACGGCGGACAUCCAAAAAGCAUUCUUCUUAUUGCUACUGCUGGUCAUUAUUGGAGAGUUCUUUAGUGCACCAGCUAUCACGCUAGCAGAUUCUGCCGUCAUUACGAUCCUCGGUGAGGAUGCCGAUCGAUACGGGCAUCAGCGUAUGUUCGGUUCGCUGGGUUGGGGAUUGGCCAUGUUUUUCGUCGGCAUUGCGCUGGAUCACUCCACAGCUUUCCCGGACCAUCCAUGCGGUCCAGAAAAGCAGGAGAAAAACUACACCAUCUGCUUUGCGACGUUCUCGGUACUGAUGGGAGCAGCCCUAAUCUCCGCAACACAGAUUCAGUUCAAGUAUGACUAUUCGGAGACCCAAGAACCCGUCCAAGUGGAAAAGGUACCUCAAGAACCAACACACGAGGAGCAAAUGCAGGCUCAACUGGCACAACAGCUGCAGUUGCCGUCUUUGGCAGCCUCUGGAACAGGCAUGGCUAGUGCAGCACCACCUCCAGCCGCACUCGGUGCACAGACCAAAAUGUUUGCCCAAACUACACGCGAAAUGCCAGAAUGGGUUACGGUGUUGAAGCAGUUCAAGAAUCUCAAGUGUGCCUCGUUCCUGUUCGUUGCGUGGUUCAUGGGUUUCGGUAUUGGGCUUAUUUUUACGUUCCUGUUCUGGCAUCUGCAAGACUAUGGUGGUUCUCCCACACUGUUCGGUGUUGCCUCGGUCAUCAACCAUAUCUCGGAAAUCUUCGCCUACUUCUUCAGCUUCCGCCUGAUCACACAGAUCGGUCACGUGAAGGUACUCUGUCUGGGGCUGGUCGGUAACAUUCUUCGCUUCCUGUACAUCUCGUAUCUGAAAAACCCGUGGUGGGUGUUGCCGUUUGAGUUUAUGCAAGGUAUCACACAUGCUGCUGUGUGGGCUGCUUGCUGUUCCUACAUCGCGCACAACACUCCUCAACAUUUACGAUCAUCUGCACAAGGAGUACUGCAAGGACUUCAUCACGGAUUGGGUAGAGGCUGUGGUGCCGUCAUUGGCGGUAUGUUCGUCACCUACUUCGGUACAACGGCCACCUUCCGUGGUUAUGGCGUGAUCUGCAUUCUGGUGCUUGCCGCAUUUGUGUUCAUCAACUUCUAUCGCAAGGAUGAAGGUUUCAUUUCGGAAAUUCCUACCACGGAGGAUCCUCAUCAGGUGGCAGAAGAGACAGCCCAUUUGGCUCCGCACGGUGUUCCGAGCAAUCCUAUACCACGGGCUCUCUCGAGCACGCGGCUGAACGAGAUAGGCCAGCAAAACGUGGAUAACGGAUACGGCACCUACCAAACGACUGGUGGAGCAUUGGAUGUGCCUGGUGGUGCCCCUAAGAACCCGUUCGGCGCACCGCAAGGUAACAUGUACGGUGGUAAUCAAUACUAAAA